UUAUUGUGAUAAUCAUGGACAAAUUAACACAAUUCGUGUCGAAAUCUUUUGAAAACAACAACAACAACAACGCUGGCGAACAAUGUUUGAAUUUGAGUUUUGAGGCCAAGAGUUUUGAGGCUUCGCCGAGUGUCAAAUCCGAGAAAGAGUACCCUGAGGAACAUAUCACAAGAAAACCGAAAAAUUGGCUCAUUUCGGACAUUGAGAAAAGCCCGUCGCCAACACACGGAUGCAUCGAUUUACGUCUUCAUUCCGAUAAUUCUAAAAGUAAUGACAAAUGUGAGAAAAUUUUUCAAACGGCCCAGGAACCAUUAAGUGCGGAGUUGAAAACCGUGGAUACAAACGACUCAAAAAUGUGCACUGAACAUGUUAAUUGUGAAAAACAGGAAGAUAGCAACGAAGAUACGCAAUGCGAUGAUGAGAACAGCGAUCACAAAAUUUACAUAAUAGAUUCCAAAGAAGACUCCAAUACAGAAGAAGCGUCAUCGAUAUCCAGGCAUUCGUCCCCUUUGCUCAAUAACGCCAAGUCCACUACAAAGCAGCGUCGAUCCAGAACAAACUUCACUUUGGAACAAUUGAAUGAAUUGGAGAGGUUGUUCGAUGAAACUCACUAUCCCGAUGCCUUUAUGAGAGAAGAACUCAGUCAGCGAUUAGGACUGAGUGAAGCUAGGGUACAGGUUUGGUUUCAAAAUCGUAGGGCGAAAUGUCGGAAACAUGAAAAUCAGAUGCAAAAAGGAAUUAUGAUAAAUAAUCCAAGCCCACCAUCAAGCACACCAUUAGAACCAUGUAGAGUGAUUCCUUAUAUGAACGUGCCAGCGUUGAGAGGGAUUUCUAUUGGAUCCAACUACGAAAGGCUGACCUCAUCAUCGUUUUCCCAACAAGGAACAGCGUUUUCUGCUAUAAAUUCUGCAUUUAUCACUGCAGCACAUCAGUACGCAGCAGCUGUAGCGGUUGGAAGUAACCCAGCUAGCAUACUGUGCCCUCAAUACCCUCUCGAAUUUGCAGCUCUAGCAGUAGCGCACAAAAAUUCCAGUAUUGCAGAUUUGCGGCUUAAAGCCCGAAAACACGCAGAAGCUUUGGGACUUUCUGCGCGAGAAAAGCCGCAGAACUAGUUUUAGAGCUUUGAGUUUAGUUAAGUUUCCUUCAUGUGUUCACAGUUUGGUAGAGUGAUUUAGUUUUUUCUGCUUAGGUUGAGACUGAAUAUCGUUGUAUUAAUAAAAUCGUUGCAUUAAAGAACUUCGAUAUCUAUUUCUAAACAAGACAGAUCAUUUCUGUGAUAUUUCGUUUUAUGCGCUUUUUUCAAUGGCAGAUAAUAAUAUCACGUUUGUUUUCGCAGUGACGUAACCAAUGUGAUUGAUGAUGCAUGAUUUAUGGGUUUUCAUUCUUUUUCCUGCUUUUUAAUACUUCGAUUGAAAGAAGCUUGAUAUUACUUAACAUCGUUUGUAAUGUUUUGAAGUAGGAAAAUGGUUGGUUUACGUCACAAAUUUGUAAUAAAAUUUCUCAUGAAAAUUACAUCUAACAAAUAUUGCCAGA